GUGUGUGUGUGUGUGUGUGGGGGGUGACAGAGAGACCUCUUGAAACACACUUUGACUCUUGUACAUGUUGAAAUGUGCUCUUACAACCGAGAGAAGAAGAGGAAAUUAGCGUCUCUUUGGUCUCCUCUCCUGCUUUAUCGACUUCUAUACCACAGCACCACUGGAGGAAAACACAACAAGGUGAGAUGAGAGACCGGCUGUGUGAGCUGCAGACCUUAACCUCCAAGUCUACAGAGGAGGAGCAGAGACCUGAGGAGAACCACAGCCCUGAGGAAGAGGAGCCCUUAGAGCAACAUGCCAUCGUGUUUGAGGCAGAGGACCUGAUGGACGGCAUCUACAAGGAGGCCCAGGCCAUGAAGAAGGAAAUGCUGCUGUUCAAAAUGGACGUGAAGCGUCUCGGAAAACAGAACACCAGGUUUCUCACAUCCGUCAGGAGGAUAAGCAGCAUCAAGCGGGACUCCAACGCUCUGGGCCGGAACAUCAAGGCCCGAGGGGAGGCCAUUUACGCUCGGCUGGAGAAGAUGGGGAGGUUCUGCAAGCACCUGGAGGAGGAACACGGAUCUACCUCAGCUAUAGCCCGCAUGGUGCGUUCGCAGUACGUGUCUCUGACCAACACCUUCCACGGCACCAUGUCCGAGUACAACGAGGCCGAGAUGGUGCAAAGGGAGAACUGCAAGACGCGCAUCCAGAGGCAGGCGGAGAUCAUGGGCAAGGAGGUGAGCAGGGAGCAGAUAGACGAGAUGAUCGAGACGGGCAAGUGGAACGUCUUCUCGGACAACCUCCUCCUGGAGGGAAAGACCGCGAGGUCGGCGCUCAAUGAGAUCGAGAACCGCCACAAGGAGCUUCUGGAGCUGGAGGGCCGCAUCAGGGACAUCCAUGAGCUCUUCUUCCAGAUGGCCAUGCUGGUGGAGGAGCAGGGCUGCAUGAUGAACAACAUCGAGGCCAACGUCGGUGCAACUCAGGACUAUGUCGCCGUGGCUGCGACUCAGGUCAAGAAGGCCGUGAAAUACAAGAGAAACAAUCCGUGCAAAAAACUCUUCUGCUGUUGCUUCCCCUGCUGCAACUGAGGCAACAUGUUUUCUUCAUCAAAGCCUUGAGUCUAGAUUAAAAAGUUAUAUAAUAUUGUGUUGUUUUACUCUGUGACUCCAUUUUCAAGCAGCAGCUGUGUAGAAAUUUCAUACCCGUCUAUUUUCUUUACUGGGCCAGUUUCCAACCACAUAUUCAUAUGCAAACAUUGUUUAGUAAGAUAUGGUUUCCUGAUUGUUACGGAGUUCAGCCUCUGCAUGAUUAGACAUCUGAGCUGUUAUUUGAAUGCACAGACCUCAGCCUUCUUUCCUUUUAACUUUCAGCUCUGUAAGUUGUGUUGCAAGAUAUUUAAGUGAUGUAAAAUAUAAUUUACUUAUAAAUAAAUGUCUCAGAGCGGCUUGUUUUUACAGCCUGAAUGAAAAUCUAAAGCUGGA